CCGCAAGGUUACCUUAAACACAAUCGUCAUGGUUAUGAAGAUAGUAGUAAUCGUGGUAGCGAUUGGAGUAUUUGCGACGUGCAGAGGUUCCGCGAUACCCGUGGCAAACCUCGCACCUGUACACGCAGCUCUGGAUUACGAUCCCCAUCCGCAAUACACGUACGCGUACGAUGUACAGGAUAGCCUAACCGGGGAUUCGAAAAGCCAACACGAAAGCAGAAACGGCGACGUUGUUAGCGGUAGCUACAGCUUUAUCGAAGCUGAUGGCACCAGGAGGAUCGUCGAGUAUACGGCAGAUCCUGUAAAUGGAUUCAAUGCCGUUGUUCACAGGGAACCAGUAGCAGUUAUCAAACCCGCCCUUAAAGUUGCUCCUGUAUUUGCUCAUCUUCAAGAUAAGGAUAUGAUCAUCCUGGUCCCUGGAAGAUAUUUCAUCUUCACCUAUUCUACUGUUCCGAUGAUAAAGAAAGACCUCGUCGUAUUCUUAAGCUUGGCGGCUGUUUGUAAGGGAGCGUUGGUGCCCGCGGCGGUGGCUGCUCCUGUUAUUGCGGCUCUACCAACGGCGAAGCUCGAAGAACUGGACUCCGUGCCCCAAUACAGCUUCGCGUACGACGUGCAGGACGCGGUGACGGGCGACUCGAAGGCUCAGUACGAAACGAGGAACGGCGACAUCGUGCAAGGCAGCUACAGCUUGAUCGAGGCGGACGGUACUCGUCGUAUCGUCGAGUACACGGCGGACCCGAUAAACGGAUUCAACGCGGUCGUCAGUCGCGAACCAGCCACACCGUUGGCCGCCAUUGCUUCCCCGUUGGUACCUUAUUCGCCUGGUAUCAUCCCUUCGGCUCCAGUUUCACCUAUUUUGCCAGCAGCCGCUGGACCCUCGCCCGCGAUUCCCGCCACCGGACCAGACUCCGACGUGGAGGUCGUCGAGGCCAGAUCCGGCCCUCUGGUUGCGGUCUCGCCAUCGACUCGCGAUCAACAGCUCCGACAGCAACAGGAACAACAACUGCAACAGCUGCAACAGCUCGAAAGGCAACAACAGGAACAACAGCAGCAGCAACUCCGUCAGCUGCAGCAGCUCCAGCAGCUCCAGCAGCUCCAGCAGCUCCAGCAGCAAUCCAGGCUGCAGUUGCAGCAACAGAUCCAGUCGCGACAACAAGAGAGGCUGGACCUAGAACAGGAGAAGAGACAAGAACAGGAUCAACCGCGACGCCUGCAGACUGCACGAUUCCAACAACAACAACAACAACAACAACAACAAGACGCGCCGGUGAGAGCCGUCGCUGCCCCGGUACAAAUCGCACCGAAAGCUCAACGACUGGUUGGACUACCCGCAGCUAACGCCAUCACGAGUUACAACAAUUAUCCUUUCGCGUACGCUUACACAGCUGCCUAUUCCUCGCCCCUGGCAUACGCAGCGCCCCUCUCUUACGCACCCGCCGCCCCCCUCCACUAA